AUGUUGAAAUUUCUCGCACUCAUCUCUUAUGUUCUAUUAAAUUCUGUUAUAGCUGAGGAAGGUCAUUGUAUCUGGUAUGGGCAAUGUGGUGAAAAUGCAAUGGGUAAAACUGUAAAUUGUUAUUAUAAUGGUACUGCAAAAAAGUUGACUGACCCAACAGCAUUAAAAACAUUAGAAACAGCUUGUGGAAUGAGUUAUAAUGGUCCCGAUAAUACAUAUACUUGUUGUGCUCCUGAGCAAAUAACUAAUAUGGCAAAUCAAUUUGGUAUGGCGAAAUUAAUGUUAGGUCGAUGUCCAUCAUGUUAUUAUAACUUUCGAUCAUUAUUUUGCGCUAUGACAUGUAAUCCUCAGCAAAGUCGUUUUAUAACUAUUAAUGCAACGGGUACCAGUACAAAAUAUCCUGAUCGAGUAACUAUCGAAGCUAUUGGAUAUAAACUUGCUGAUGAUUUUGGUCAACGUUUCUUGGAUUCCUGUCGUGAUGUUUUAUAUCCCGGAGGUAAUCAACAUUCACUUGAUACAAUGUGUGGUCGACCUUAUGAUAAAUGUACAAAAGAAUCCUUUGUACAAUUCUUGGGUGUUGAUAAUCCUGCAGUACCAUUUCCAAUAUAUAUCAAAUUUGAAAAUGAUACAACUCAAAGUGAUACCUAUUAUAAUCAAACAACAUUUCUAUGUGAUGAACCAAUAAUAUCAAGAUAUGAAAAUAAAACUGCAUGUGGAUGUUUAGAUUGUAUAAAAUCAUGUACUCCAUUACCACCGGAUGUACCAGUUGAAGAAUUUAAAAUAUUUAAUAUUGAUGGAUAUGUUUUUAUUGCUGGAAUAGUUAUUGUAAUUCUCAUAACAAUAUUUAUUUCAACUAUGGUUGUUAUACCAUCAUUUCGACGACGUCAACAUAUAAUCUUAGAACCAACAGAACAAACAUCAUUAUUACAUCAUCCGAAACAAACAAAGAAAAUUCGAUUUUUAUUACGUAUUCGUCAAUAUACAGAACGAUUUCUUGAACGAAAUUUUUUUCGUUUGGGUUUAUUCUGUGCUCAACAUCCAUUUAUUGUCUUAUGCACAGGUGCAAUCAUCAUUAUUGGUCUUUCAUGUGGUUUAAUUAGAUUUAAAGUCACAACUGAUCCUGUUGAAUUAUGGUCAUCGAAAUCAAGUAUUGCACGACAACAAAAAGACUAUUUCGAUAAACAUUUUAAACCAUUUUAUCGAACCACACAAAUAAUUAUUGUUCCUGAUGAUCAAUCAUUUGAAACACAUUAUUAUGAAUCACCACCAGCACCAUUCAGUGAAUAUACAUUUGGGCCAGUAUUUAAACUUGAUUUUCUAUCACGUGUACUUGAUUUACAAACAGAAAUCUUAGCACUUACUGGACAAUUAAAUGAUAAUAAUCAAACAAUUUCUUUAUCGGAUAUUUGUUUUAAACCAUUGAAACCUGACAAUAAUAAUUGUACUGUUUUUUCAAUUUUACAAUAUUUUCAAAAUUCAAAAGAAAAUUUAUAUAAACGUGUUGGUGAUGAUUUUUUUACAUUCUAUGAUUAUACAACACAUUUUAUGACUUGUUCACAAGCACCAACAACAACAAAUGAUCCAUUAAAUAUAACAUGUUUUGGAGAUUAUGGUGGUACAAUUAAUCCAUUUAUGGUUUUAGGUAAUUAUACAGAUAAUGUAUAUGCAAAUGCAACUGCAUUAGUAAUUACUAUUGUUAUUGAAAAUUCAAAUGAUCCAGAAAAAAUUCGUGCAGCUGAAGCAUGGGAAAAAACUUUUCUUGAUUAUAUGAAAAACUUUACGGAUACUCAAAAAUCAAUACGUGCUGCUGGUCGUUGGAAUGAAAGUGCAAAUUUUACUGUUUUUUAUAGUGCUGAACGUUCGAUUCAAGAUGAAUUAAAUCGUCAAAGUCGUUCGGAUAUCUUAACAAUAAUAAUAUCUUAUUCCAUUAUGUUUCUCUAUGUUACAUUAACUCUUGGUCAUAUACGAUCUUGGCGUACAUUUUUAGUAGAUUUGAAAAUUUCUGUUGGAUUCAUCGGUGUUCUUUUUGUAUUAUUAUCUGUAAUGAGUUCCAUUGGAUUUUUUUCUUAUUGUGGUAUUGCUGGUACAUUAAUUAUAUUUGAAGUAAUACCAUUUCUCGUCCUAGCUGUUGGUGUCGAUAAUAUAUUUAUAAUUGUACAACAUUUCGAACAUACAAAAUACGAGAAAUACGAAUCAAACGAUGUACGUUUAGCAGUAACAAUAAGUCGUAUUGGUCCAUCCAUAUUAUUAACGGCAACAAGUGAAUCAAUUGCAUUUUUACUUGGUUCAUUAACACCAAUGCCUGCUGUACAAAUUUUUUCAUUAUACGCAUUUAUGGCUGUAUUUAUUGAUUUUUUACUUCAAAUAACUUGUUUUGUAUCUGUACUUGCACUUGAUGCUCGACGACAAGAUUCUGAUCGACCAGACUUGUGUUGUUGUAUACCAACAUCAAAUUUCCUAUCAAAUAAUCAAAUUGAACAUAAAUCGAAAGGAAUAUUACAACAAAUAUUUACUAAUGUAUGGACACCAUUAGUAUUAGGAAGCACUUAUGUACGUGCAUUUAUAUUUUCAAUAUUUAUUAUAAUAACAUGUUUAUCAUUAUCAAUUUUACAUCGUAUACCUAUUGGUCUUGAUCAAAAAUUAUCUAUGCCAAAAGAUUCUUAUGUAUUAGAUUAUUUUUAUGGUUUAGAAAAUUAUUUAAGUGUUGGUCCACCUGUUUAUUUUAUUGUUAAUCAAGAUGCAAUUGAUUAUAAAAACAUUAAUGAUCAAGAUUUACUUUGUGGAACAGCUGGUUGUUCAUCAUUAUCAUUACUCGGACAGAUUGGUCAAGCAUUACGACAACCAAAACAUUAUUAUUUAGCACAACCACCAUCAUCAUGGCUUGAUGAUUAUUUUGAUUGGUUACAAUCAACAAAUGAUCCACCUUGUUGUAGAAUUAAUAAUAAAACACAAGAAUUUUGUCCAGCUACAAUAAAUGAUACAUCAUGUAUAGCAUGUCCCGUGACAUUUGUUAGUAAUCAACGACCAGCACCAGCUGAUUUUGAAAAAUAUAUUCAAUAUUUUCUAAUUGAUAAUCCAGGUGAUAAAUGCCCGAAAGGUGGACAUGCUGCGUAUCACGAUGGAGUUGAAUUAAUUAAUAAAACUUAUGUUAAAAGUUCGUAUUUUAUGGGUUUUCAUUCGAUACUUAAAACAUCUGAAGAUUUUAUUGGUGCAAUGAGAAGUGCGAAUGAUAUAGCAAAAAAUAUUUCAAAAACAAUUUUAAUGAAUCAAAGUCAUACGUAUCAUGAUUCUGAUAAACUUGAAGAUUAUCCUGUUUUUCCAUACAGUAUCUUCUAUGUUUUCUAUGAUCAAUAUUUAACAAUAUGGCGUAAUCUACUUACAAAUCUAACAUUAUCAUUUACUGCUGUAUUUAUUGUAACAUGUGUAUUACUUGGAUUUGAUUUUCAUACAGCAUUCCUUAUUAUUCUUUGUGUAUUUAUGAUUAUUACGGAUAUGUUUGGUGUUAUGUAUUUAUGGCAUAUUGAACUUAAUGCAAUAUCGGCUGUAAAUAUUAUUAUGUCUGUUGGUAUUGCCGUUGAAUUUUGUGCUCAUAUUGCUCGAUAUUUUGCUGUUAGUCAAGGAGAGACUCGAUUAAUUCGUGCUCGAAUUGCAUUAGCUGAAAUGGGUAGUUCGGUAUUCAGUGGCAUAACAUUAACCAAAAUUGGUGGCGUCGUAGUACUCGCAUUUGCUAAAUCACAAUUAUUCCAGGUGUUCUAUUUCCGCAUGUACUUUUCAUUAGUAAUUAUUGGUGCUGUUCAUGGUCUAUUGUUUCUUCCAAUAUUAUUAAGUUAUUUUGGCCCACAAGCAGUCGCAAUUGUGGAUGAUAGAAAAUAUCCAGAUCAACUAAAUGCGAAUAAUGAUGAUUUAUCAAAUGAAAGAAUUAUAGAUGAAAAUAUAUGUGAUAUAUCAUUUCCUGUUGGUGAAAAAUUAUAA